AUGUCAUUUGCACUCUCUUUGGAACUUCCAUGGGUGGAGAAAUAUCGUCCACACAAACUUGAUGACAUUGUGGGGAAUGAAGAGACCGUAGAACGUCUUAAACUCAUUGCUCAAGAUGGGAAUAUGCCGCACAUGAUCAUCUCUGGACUCCCAGGUAUUGGUAAAACCACCUCGAUCCACUGUCUUGCAUACGAGCUCUUGGGCCCGGAAUUGUACCAACUGGCCACUCUUGAACUUAACGCGUCCGAUGAUAGAGGGAUUGAUGUGGUUAGAAAUAAAAUCAAACAGUUUGCACAAACAAAGAUUAGAUUACCUCCUGGAAGACACAAGAUCAUUAUUUUGGAUGAAGCUGAUUCCAUGACACCUGGUGCUCAACAGGCACUCCGUAGAACGAUGGAAAUUUACUCCAACACCACCCGUUUUGCCUUUGCAUGUAACCAAUCGCUGAAGAUCAUCGAACCAUUACAAUCCAGAUGUGCCAUCUUGAGGUACAAUAAGCUUGCUGAUUCUCAAGUAUUGGAACGUCUUUUAGAAAUCGUUAAGGCCGAAGAGGUCCAAUAUAACUCCGAAGGACUUCAAGCGCUUAUUUUCACGGCAGAAGGUGAUAUGAGACAAGCUAUUAAUAAUCUUCAAAGUACAGUUGCAGGGUUUGGAUUUGUCAAUGAUGUGAAUGUAUUCAAAAUUGUUGAUCAACCACAUCCAUUGGUGAUCAGGAAACUCUUGACCUACUGCUGCGAAGAAGGUGGGAAGAUUGACGAAGCCAUUGCCUUAUUGGAUGACUUGUGGAAGAAAGGUUACAGUGCCAUUGACAUUGUAACGCUGUCUUUCAAGGUAGCCAAAACACUUCCAGGAAUCAGCGAGCUGAAAAGAUUGGAAGUCAUCAAGGAAAUAGGGUUUGUGCAUAUGCGUGUAUUGGAAGGUGUUUCUACGUAUUUACAAUUAUGUGGAUUAUUUGCAAAGUUGUGUGAAAUAUAA